AUGGAUCCAACAAAGACUUUGGAGUCUAGGGGAGGAGGAUCUGGAUCUACAGAGGUACAGCCAACUUCAACAAUUGCCCCCUUUUACACCGAGCUAAAUGGCGUCAAUCAGCCUAUGAAUCUCUUGUUUCGUGAUAUUCUCUGGUGGACUUUGGGUGCAGCUGGCAUAGCGGUGCUGCUUAUUCGAAUACUGGAAAUUCUGUGGGCCAAGCUUCGACAAGUGUCGUCCAUGUCUGUACCACGAGAUAAGCAAACCUACUGGAAAAGGUCACAAUGGAGCUGGAUGCCUGGCGUCAAAAAGCACCUCACAUACGCUCCUUUAUGGAACAAACGACAUAAUCGAGAGUUCAAGCUAUCCUCAGCCGUCAACGUGGGCACCUUGCCUUCUCGACUACACAUGCUUGUCAUUCUUGGCUACCUCGGAAGCAACACCGCCUACAUGUUUAUCCUCAACUGGGCGAUUGAGAACAAGUACUCACUCUGUGCUGAGAUACGAGGUCGCUCAGGCACUCUGGCCAUGGUCAACAUGGUGCCACUGAUUAUUUUCGCAGGUCGUAACAACCCCUUGAUAUCGAUUCUCAAAAUCAGUUUUGACACGUACAAUCUCCUGCACCGUUGGAUGGGCCGUAUUGUCGUGGUGGAGGUUAUUAUCCACACCAUCGCAUGGGCUAUUCCGGCUGUAGCACAUAAGGGCUGGGAUGCUGUCUUCAAGUCUCUAUUCAAAAGCGCAUUUCUUGGGUCUGGAUUCAUUGGCACCGUCGCCUUAGUGUUGUUGCUAAUCGCCUCCCUCUCGCCUCUGCGACACGCGUUUUAUGAAACAUUUCUCAACCUCCAUAUACUUCUGGCGCUUGUCAUCUUCGCUUGUACCUGGAUUCAUUGCGCGACCGCCUCUUUACCAGGCGGGCUCCCCCAACUAUCGUGGAUUAUGGGAAUUAUAGCAUUGUGGUUUGCCGACCGGUUCGCUCGAUUUGGUCGACUAGCCUACAAUAACUGGUCGAGGAGGGGCUUUACCGACGCCUAUUGCGAAGCCAUGCCUGGUGAGGUGACUAGAGUUACCAUCAACCUUCCGCGAUACAAGACGAUUCGGCCGGGUACCCACGCUUACUUGCGAUUUUCAGGCAUCACAGCCUGGGAAAGCCAUCCAUUCUCUGUCGCAUGGGUUGAACACUCAACUGACGAGUCCCUACCCAUGUCGGAGAAGGAGCCGCUACAUGGUGGCCUGGAUAAGUCACGGGCCGUGACUUCUGUAUCCUUCAUCAUUGGGGCGCAAACUGGGCUUACUCGGAAGCUGUAUGAAAAAGCUAAAUCAUCAGGUGGCAGUGUACGCCUGCGGGCAGCCAUGGAAGGACCAUAUGCUGGACAUCACAGCCUCGACUCAUAUGGACACGUUGUGCUCUUUGCUGGCUCAACCGGUAUCACGCAUCAACUUUCAUACCUCAAACAUCUGCUGGAGGGCUACAACGCAAAAACGGUUGCUACUCGACGAGUCACCUUGGUAUGGAUCAUUCGACAGUACGAAUCGUUGGACUGGGUGCGUCCAUUCAUGGACCAAAUCCUGCGGAUAGAAAACCGGCAAGACAUUCUACGUAUUCAAGUAUUCAUCACUCGCCCGUUAAGCCCAAGCGAAACCAAUAGCCACAGCUCUACAGUCAAGCUGUUGCCAGGUCGACCAAACAUCCCACUACUGAUAUCGAAGGAGGUUCAAGAGCAGACUGGCGCCAUGGCGGUGACGGUCUGCGGCCCCGGUGCCCUUGCAGAUGACGUACGGAGUGCAGUGCGAGCGGUGCAAGGUGAAAAUGUCGUCGAUUUCAUUGAGGAAAGCUUUACCUGGUGA